AUGGGCUUUUUUUUUACAACCGUGGAAACAAAAGAGCCUCCUAAUAGGUCUAAGCGUGAGAAGUGUUGGGAAUCUAGAGAUAUCUACUUUAAAUGUCUCGAUAGGAUCGAAGUGAUAGAUCCAUUAAAUCAGCAGAAAAAAAGUCUUAUUAAGAAGGAGUGUGGUAAUGAAGACAAGCAAUUUGAAAAGGAUUGUGUCGCCUCCUGGGUCAAGUACUUCAAGCAGAAGAGACCUUUCGAUAAGAAGAAGGAGAGAAUGUUAAACGAUGCCAAAAACGAAGGAGCGGAAGUUGUCCAAUUACCGGGAUAUAGAAAGUGA